UUGAAAGAACCCAUUCCCGACGUCACUUCCGGCCUCUAUCGCAUUCUCACAACAUCAGGCUAAGGCUGCGACUGGAAGCUAACGCUGCAUCUGUUUUUGGUACAUUUUUCACAGCACACACAGAGGCAAAACAUGUCGGACACGGAGACAAAACCAUCCAGCCAAGACGGCGGGGAUAAGAAGGACGGAGAGUACAUCAAGUUAAAAGUGAUUGGUCAGGACAGCAGCGAAAUCCACUUUAAGGUGAAAAUGACGACACAUCUAAAAAAGCUGAAGGAGUCGUACAGCCAGAGACAGGGCGUCCCAGCGAGCACGCUAAGGUUUCUGUUUGAGGGACAGAGAAUCGCAGAUAACCAAACUCCGAAAGAGCUGGGGAUGGAGGACGAGGACGUCAUCGAGGUUUAUCAAGAACAGACCGGCGGACUUUGGAAUGAUUAAACCUCCCGCAUUUCUAAAUCUUUUUUUUUUUUUUUUUUCCUUCUUAUUUUGUAUUUUAUUUUGUAUGUAUGUACGUAUUUUUGUUCAGUUUCAAACCAUCUGGAUCAAAACCGACUCUAUCAGGGCUUCCAUGUGUGAGGGCAGGAAGGUGAAUGGACCGAGGUAAGGACGAGGAAAAGGACAGCGGGUCUCUGGUACUCUGAAGUGCAGGGAUGCUCACGUUGUUGACCUGAGCAAUAGCAUUCAAUAGCUUAGCAUUUGUUUUUGUUUGGGUUUGUUUUUUUUCUUUUUAAAUCCUGUCUUUUUGAGGUGUCAGCAGAAGCAACUAGUGCUAUCAACAAACAAGCAGCGUUAAAGGAAUAGUUCACCCAAAAAGGAAAAUGCUGGCAUUAUCCUCACGUACAUAUUACAGUUUUAAGACAAGUAAAGUUAUCAGCAUUCGGUAUCACGCGGCGAGUGCACUCGUACAGCUUUGCUUCAGCUUUCUCUAAGGGAAAUAAAGUGGCUGUGGACAUGUUUUUUAGUUAUUAAAAACUCCUCCUGUAUGAUUCCAGUGUCCGAAAGCCGAAGAGUUGUGCCAAGGGUCCAAAAAGUUCAAUAUUUACUUGGGUUGUCACAUUUUUAGAAGCAUUCGCCAUCACCACAGCAGAAAAAACAAACGCUUACAUGUUUUAAAAAAUAAUUUAAUUUAAGGCUCAGAUUUAAAAACCUGAAUUUAAAUGUCACAUGAUACUGAUCACGUCCAAAUGUGACGUCGUCAGUUUGUUGGAUUUUUUUAGGUCCCCAACAUAAAGUAGCGUUGUGCCGCUUGGUUUUAAAACUGGCCAGGCGCAUUUUGAGAUUUUUGACCUGUGGAUUGCUUGAAAAUGCUUGGAAAAAAAAAACAAGUUUGAGGAAACUGAAACAAGGCUGCGUCAGAUGAGCAGACAGUGUCACAAAUACAAUUUUUGGAUGCACUACUCCUUUAAGUCUCUUUAUGGCAAGCAGCGAUUUAAAAACUGGCAUCUUCUUACAUUUUUGCCGCCGCUGUUUUCCCAAGGAAAUGCGACAGGAGCUUGACUCACCAAGUUAGACGUCGGAGGUGCAGUUAUUUGUACGCGGGGCAGUUCAUUCCACAAGUCUUCUGUAUUUACAUUCAGGGCAUUUAGCAGACAGAGGGUUCACACGAUAUGUGCUCGCACACAGCUGGAUUACUGCACAGCCUCUCUGUUACUCAUCCUCAAAACCACUUGUGAUGAAAAAGAGUUUGUCUCUUUGUAGGUUGGAAUAAUUUGCAUUGGCAGGCUCUGUGUGCCACGUUUGAAGAACUGCACCAUAACCACAUUGUAAAAUUGAUAAUUGAUCUGAUAUGAUAAUACUCGAGAUUUGAAACAUUUUUUUUAAAUAAUUGUGCUUUACUUGUAUAUGUUGUACUCAGUAUUGGAGUGUGUUUGAAUGAUAUGCCAUAUGUAUCUCCAGUGUCGUCUUCUAUUUAUAUUGGAGAGUUUCAUUCUGUAAUUAUAUAUCGAA